CCCUAUUUCAAUCUUUACAUAUUCGAUAUUGAAUGUCGUGUCUACAGCCUCAUGCUUCACUGAAUCAGGCUUGAACCCAGGAUGAACCUAUACAUGCGCCUGUAUUCUUGCAACGCUGGCUAGGUGUUCACAACUUAAACGCCUGAAGGUAUAUAUGUAAAGCACUUCACUAACAUUUCAUCAAAUAUUAUUGCCUUGGCCCGCGGAAAGCUCUCGAUGCCUAUCUGGCGCUCGUCUGAGCUCCAUAGCGGACGUCCAGGCAGUCCGACAAGGCGAAAUUCAGCUCGUUCGUCGGCAUCCGCUGGGUGUCGCAGCCGCUCCACAGGUCCUCCGUCGCUUCGCUUUUCCGCCGAUGGGGGUCCCUACGAUGCGGCGCAGCAGCUUCCAGCAUACCAACUACCUCACGCGGCAUCUCGCCAAUCCGGUUCCCGGCACGCGGGUAGCGGCUUUGCAAGCGACAGCAGCAGUGGCAGCUGGGAGAUGCCACAUGCCUUUGCCACAGCUGCCGGGGGAGGGGCGUCAUCUUCUGGUGAGCAGCAACACCACCUCCAUCAGCAGCAACACCACCACCAGCAUCACCCACAAACGCACCAGCAUCAACAGCAGCAGCUCUCUGCGCAGCAUCAGGCGUUCGUACGAACUCCGCCGAGGUCAUCACAAGCACGCCGGCCCAGCACCAGUACCCCAAGCGGCAGCAGCACGCAAACGUACACCGUACAGUACAUCGGAAUGGCCAAGGGAGAGCUAGGCAUCUUGUCGCAAAAGCAGAAGCUCGCUCCUCAACGGCCACCAACCGCUGGAUCCAAUGACGAGUGUGCCUCAAUGGGCGGCCGCCGGCGUACGAGGUCUGCCAUGUCCGCCUUCUCGUCCACCUGCUCCACUGCACCCUCCCAUGCAGCCUCCCAUGCACCCUCCCACGCCCCCUCUCACGCCGCCGCCGCUGCUGCCGCAACCCGUGGAAGUACGACAAUAGACGGCUCCAUCACAACCGCACCGCUAGCACCCGUUCCCAGCGGUGCUCCGUUGUUCACCUCGCCGCCUCAAUCCGCGAGAGGGCGGCCUCCGCUACCCCGAGGCGCCCCGCACUCACCGCGGGCACAGGCAGCCAGCGCUGCAGCAGCUGCCUCGACAGGAGCAGCAGCCGUGACGAGCCGUAGCAGCUCCCCAACGGUGGCUCCCGCGGCCGCGGGCUACGUGAGGGCUGCAGACGCGGCUGCAUCUGAUACGGCCGUGCGGCGGGCUGAGUCGCUGCAUGGGCCCCAUGCAGGUGCUGCAGUGCACGCCGAGGCAGCGGAUAGUGGCGCCGCACCGUCUGGCGCGAGGCCAGCAAGCCUCAACAGCAUAGUCGACGAUGCCAGCGGAAAGGUCAAGGUCAUUUCGGAGUGCUUCUACUCGAGGGCACUGCACUCCAGAACAGGGCCGCGUGACCGCCACACGCGGCGGAACCGACCCAUGGGUCCGUUGGUUCAGGACAUGGAGCUUCUCAGUACGGCCUUGCCGGGCGCCUUUGGACACAGAGCACCGUCUGCAGGCGGAUUCCCGGGAUGGAAGCUCAGCGCGGCAGCGGCGGUCGUCACAACCAAUGCAGCGGGCGGCACGGCCGCAGGCAUGGGAGCUUACAUGGGUGCGCCUUCCGCUGCCGCCGCAAGUGCAGCUGCAGGGCUAGGAGCCUCCGCGGCGGCUGCGGCUUCCGCCAAAGCAGCCCGGCGGGCUGCCGCCGCGGCUGCUGCGGCAGCCACGGCUGCGGCCGUCCCACGGGUCGGCAGGGCAGCGUCCGCCGGCGCUAUGACUGCUUUUGCUGGGGGCGCAGGAGCGGGUGCGCCUGGGCUUGGGGCUUCGCACGGCAUGUGGGUCGAGGCGCCGGACUUGGGGCCUGGGGCGAGUGUUGGGGUUGAGGAGGGGUGGAUGGCUGCUAGGAGUGCGAGCGCAGGGCCCCAUUCGGGCACAAUGGUGCAGUACAUGUGAUCGCGGGUGCGGGUGCGGUGUGCCUUUGGGGACGGAGCGAUGGUGGGUGGGGUGCGGUAGUACUGAAUGCAUACUGAGCGCGCGGCCAUUCAUCAUGCGUGGGCUUUACGUAAAAGUAGUGUAGGACAGAAUUAGUCAUGUAAUGAUGGCACAUUCGGAGGAAGGGAGGUGCAAUGAAAUGCAAUGCAGGGAAGGCAAGGGGGUGUUUUUUAGGACGAUGUCGUCGAUGUGGGUUGAAGGAUCUUCCAAUGCGUGCUACCCAAUCCGACGCUAUCGCGGAACACUUCCCCAUGCACUAGUAACGCGAGCACUAGCCGCCGAGAGCUGUGGAUUGGAAGCUCGCAGGAGAAUGUUGUGCGUCUAUCUGUUUGCCCGCUGUGUGGCCUGCAUGACAAAGGGGGGCAUAGGAUGCAGAAUGUGCAAUGGGUUCUAAUGCCUGUACUGGCCUGAUUACUUGGGGUUUACUGGCUACUUCAAGUUGUUCAAGCUAUUGGCUACUUGGCUAUUAUACGGAUCACUAAGCUAUGUUGCGGCUGCCUAGUGGGGCUAGGCAUAGCAAGUUAGCGAUAUUCAUGACUUGCGGACGCAAUGGUGAUGCUUGCGAUAGGGCAACAUGCGUGGGGGAAGUGCGGAACUGCCUUAAUCUUCAGGGUUGCCGUAGCCGCUGUAGGGGUGCGGGAUGUGGCCCCAGGCUGUUUCAGUACGGCUGCUGGCAGCCCUGGUGUGUACGGCAUGCUUAGCGCCUGAAAUUUGGAUAAAUGAUUCAUGGACUUGGUACUUUUGGGAAUUGGGCUGGCGAGGAUAGCUCCUGACCUAGCUGACGGCGUUGCUAGCAAUCUCGCAUGUUGCAUGCAACUAACCAUACUGCUACUGGCCGCAUACGGACAGGAGGGGUCAUUGUUAGCGUGCAUUGGUUCGGGAUGGAAACGUGAGAACUUUGCGUUGAGCCGCUUUUGGUAGAUGUCUGUAGUGUGUAGUUAGGGUUAGGUCUCCCGGAGAUCCGGACUUGUUAUGUAUGGUAAUUUUGGUUGUUACCGUUAGGAUGCUAAGUUGCUUUGUCCUUACUUGGAAUUGGGUGGGAACAUGUUUACGCGGCAGGUAGGAAAAGGC